UCGGAUUCUAAACGAGGUGUUUUUCUACGGUAUUCGAGAGAUCCUGCAAAGAGAUACUUGUUGGAUAGAACUGGUGACACACUACGAGGUAUCGUGCAACCUGGUGUGCACAUUUAUUUUGAUAAAAUUUCUAUCGCGUGUCGUUCCGUUUCUAACGAGAAGAAAGUGCACGCGACCCUUCGAGGACGCGUUGUCGAUCAUUGUUACGGUGGAAGCUUUAGAAAAUGGCCGACAAUUGGACACAGAGCGUUGUUUGCCGUUAUUUCAAAAAUGGUAUGUGCAGAGAAGGGAAUAAUUGCAGAUAUCGGCAUACCCAAGGAAUUAGAAACGAUGGAAGUACCAAUGACACAGUAAUAUCUGCAUCUGCCCCACCUUUUAAUGUUCCCUGUCACUUUUUCAAGCAAGGCAACUGUAAAUUUGGAAACCAGUGCCAUUUUCGUCACAAUGCUGAAACUGCCGAUAAUAAUUCAGUGAAUGCAAAUUUGGUAGAUAGUUCUUCGCCUGGACAACACACUUCAAACACCUCAGCUUCAACAACGAUAAAAAAUGUUAAAGAAAGUGCCUUUAUAGCAGAAGAAUGGAUUAAAGCACCAGAGUUUGUACCUUCGUCUGUUGCUGGUUCAUUUUCUGCGAACGAUGCCACUUCGGGUACAUCGACAGGCUCUUCGUUGCCAGUAUCUUAUGCUCAAGCUGUAAAUCCUUCCGGUCAAGCAUCCAGUCUGUCUGUAGAACCUCUUUGCCCGUAUUCAUUGGCAACUGGAAUUUGUAAAAAACAUAACUGUACAUACUUGCACGGGGACAUAUGUGAAUUGUGUAAUCGCGCUGCCCUUCAUCCUCAUAACGAAGAUCUUCGAAAAAAACAUACAAAUGCAUGUAUUAAACAGCACGAAGUAGAUAUGGAGCUAUCCUUUGCAAUCCAGCGUAGCAGAGAUAAGUCUUGUGGAGUUUGCUUCGAAGUGGUAAUGGAAAAAGCAUCGAGAGAGCAGAGAUUUGGUAUUCUACCGAACUGCAACCAUUGUUUUUGUCUGAGCUGUAUUAAAAAAUGGAGGCAGGCCAAACAGUUCGACAAUAAGAUCAUUAGAGCUUGUCCGGAAUGCCGUGUCACCUCUGACUUUGUGUGUCCAAGUAUGUACUGGGUAGAUACAAAAGAAGAAAAAGAAAAAUUGAUAAUGGAUUACAAAAGUGCAUUGAGCACCAAAGAUUGCAAGUACUUCAAUAAGGGACGUGGCAAAUGUCCUUUCGGUAAUAAGUGCUUUUAUCUACAUGCACUUCCCGAUGGCACUAAAACAGACGUUGGUCCACCUGUUCGUCAACGACGCAAUGCUGAUGCAGACAUUGAUAUCCUACGUCAAUUUUUUUUGUGGGACUUCUUCGACGAGAGAGAUGACCGCUGGAUAUACGACUUAGAUCUUGAGGAUAUUGUUACUGUGUUUUCAGGCUCGGAAGAUUCUGACUGGUCUGAAUACGAAUUUUCUCUCGAGUAGUUCUAUUACCUCAGUAAUCAUUUCUGCUGUUACUGUUAUCUGUAUUAUCUAUCAC